AAAAGCUUAUGAAACUUUAACAAAAACUGCUGGUGUGUGUCUGUCUGGUAAAUUUUUACUUGAAACACAUUUGUUCCCCAAUCCUUAAAUUUUACUCCAGUUAGAGUAGAAAUACUUCAUAAUUAAAAAGUAAAAGUAAAAAGUACAGCAAAGUAAAAAAAAUACUCCUAAGAGUAAACCUUUUCAGAAACGUUACUCAAGUAAAUACAACAGUUUAAAUGUAACUAGUUACAACCCCAACUCUUGGUGUUUACAUGUUGGUGUGGGGGGCCCCAAAUGAAAAUUUGCCCACGGUCCCAAAAAAGCUUUGAUCGGCCUUGCCUCAAUGCCCAUUUUAUUCGUUUUUUUCCCCCGCGCUUGUUUGUUUUGGAGGAACGUGACUUCUGAGUGGCCUCUCAAAACAUUAAUGCGCGCGCGCAAGCACCGAACCCCCGUAGCCCCCCUCGUGCGCCCCAUGCACGGGGACACCAAAGUGUGCGACAGUGGCGGAGGGCCUUGGCCACGCGGGACGCAGCCGCUGCGCUUCGCGGGACGGCUUCCACAUGCACCCAACUUUUUUUUUUUUUUUUUUAAUUUUUGAAACACCAAAAGUAGCUCCGCGCGUCUUCCAAAAGGAAAAAAAAACUUCUCCAUCUUUCUGUCUUCCUCUCCUCGUGUUUCGAGCCCACCCGUGCCCGUGAGACUAAAAUAAGGAAGAAAACGAAGAGGAAGAAGGGACGGGAAGAGAGGAAAAGCCCGCCGCCGGGAGGGAGCGGCUAGAAAAUCAAGGGAAAAAUGGGUGACUGGAGCUUUCUAGGGCGACUGUUGGAAAAUGCUCAAGAACACUCCACUGUGAUUGGAAAGGUUUGGCUUACUGUCCUAUUCAUUUUCCGUAUCUUGGUUCUUGGCGCAGCCGCUGAAGAAGUUUGGGGUGACGAACAGUCCGACUUCACCUGUAACACCCAGCAGCCCGGUUGCGAGAACGUCUGCUAUGACGAGGCCUUCCCCAUCUCUCAUAUCCGUUUUUGGGUGCUGCAGAUCAUCUUUGUCUCUACGCCCACUCUCAUCUACCUUGGCCAUGUGCUGCACAUCGUGCGCAUGGAAGAGAAGAGAAGAGAGAGGGAGGAAGACCUCCGAAAAUCUGGACGACAUCAGGAGGACGACGAUCCUUUCUAUCACAAUGGAGUCGGUGAUGGAGGGGGAGGAGGUGGUAGAAAGGAGAAACCGCCAAUCCGGGAUGAACAUGGGAAGAUUCGUAUCCGUGGAGCUUUAUUGAGGACCUAUAUCUUCAACAUCAUCUUCAAGACUCUGUUUGAGGUGGGCUUCAUCUUGGGGCAGUACUUUCUCUAUGGCUUCCACCUGAGGCCUCUUUAUAAAUGUGGCCGCUGGCCCUGCCCCAACACUGUGGACUGCUUCAUCUCCAGGCCUACUGAAAAGACCAUCUUCAUAAUUUUCAUGCUAGUGGUAGCAUGUGUCUCCUUGGUCCUCAACCUACUUGAGAUCUACCACCUGGGCUGGAAGAAAGUAAAGCACGGGGUCACGAAGGAGUUUGCUCCUGACAGUCUGUCACUGAUAGGCGUCAAUGAGCCUGGAGACGCAGAGACGAUUCCUGAACAGACCUCUCCAACAGGGCUCCAGUGUUUGCCAGUGUCUUCUAAUGUGUGUGUGGUGAGAGGUGAAGCAAUGAGAGGAGGAACUUACAGUCCAACCGGAACCUCCCACACAGUGAUUUCCUUAAACACUAACAUGGCUACAAUACCAGUGUCUGAAGGACUUAAUGUGGGCAGUGCUGCUAGCCACCAAGAGGACUUCCUGAUGGAGUCGCUGCCUGCUUCUGUCUAUGGUGAGAGUGAAGACAGCCAUGGACACCUUGCGGAAAUGCAGCAGAAUUAUAGAAACAUGGCUUUGGAGCUUCAGAAUCUCAAUGAGGAAAAUUCCCCCACAUAUCCUCUUCCAUCUCCACUGCCCUCUACCUCUUCCUCCUCCUCUCAGGAGGAGACGACAUGUCUGGAAGAGAAGCAACGCUCCACAUUUCCAACUCUUCCUCGAAAUACACCUCUCUCUCUGCUCGCGCCGGAGGAGACAGCAGUGGAUCCAGAAGACACUGUCGCCACAUCACCUAGCAUAGAACCACGUGAUGAUUUCACAGUGAUAACCAGGGCGGAAAUGCAUCAGCCUCCCUCUGCUGUCGGGACAGAUUUAAGGAGGCCCAGUAUGGUGAACAAGACCUGUGGUGCUCGAGCUCGCCCUGAUGAUCUUUCUGUGUAGCUAAAAUGUAGACGCUCACAUUUAUAAAACGAUGCACAUGUGCUUUUCUUUUACCCGUAUGCCCAUAAAACCAAACCACAGUAUCUGCCACAAUUUAAGACUAGUUCAUAUCAAGAAGCAAGGGGUAUCAUGAAAGAAACACAAGAUAUGACAGUAAGAUUGGAGCUUUAAUUCUGUUUUGGUGUCUAUGUGAUUCUAUGGAGAUGUGGUGCUAACUAGCAUAGCAUAUACAUGAAUAAUAGUUGUUAAAUUUUCAUUGGAUGGUUUCACAGUCAGUAGGGUUGAGCAUCUCUGCUUUACUGCCAGUAGAUAUCUCAAUACACUGUACCACAUUAAAGAAUUAUGAGCAGCAAACUCCAGUUCCAUACGAUUCAACUCGAUUACCAUUCUUAGCAUUCAUGCUAAGAUAAGUUGGCCAUGUGUCUAUUUAUUUUUGUAGAAAAUAGCUAAGCAUGUGAAAUGGGUUGAUAUUUCAGUCUAACUUUUUAGAGACUAACUCAACUACUUUGCAUUCUGUUGCACAUGGUUGUGAUAACUAGUGAACAACCUUAUACCUACAUUUAGCAUUUAUGUUAGGCUAAACUAGUCUCUAGUCUCUUUUUGUAAUCAAUAACCAAACGUAUUGGCCUUUCAAUCUAACUCUCAGAAGGGUUGUUUCAAUCAUCUGGAUCUAUAAAUACUGUUUUGAUAUUUAACAAUAUCCCAGCCAUCUUAUUUAACCCCUUUUUAGCAUGUAUGCUAAGCUAAGUUAGCAUGAUUCAAGUUUUGCAGUUAAUAAUAAAACAUGUUAAAUGUGUUGAUCUUUAAAUCUAACUCGUCUGUUAGAUAUCAACCCAGUUCAUGUUCUCUUCUUAUCAUACAUUGCUUUAUAAGUUAGCUAUAACUUAUUCAUAUAAGCUUAUUCAUGGCUUUCAGCAUUUAAGAUAAGCUAGCCAAGAGAUAGUUUUAGGUGUUAAUAGUCAAACACCAAUCUUAUUUGUCAAAUAUAAUUUGAUCCUGCUGAAAUGACAUUAUAUGCCUCUAAAUAUGCUAACAGAUGUCCUAAGUAAACACAGGACUAGCACAAACUCAACUGCAUUAUGUUCCUAAUGUUGAGAAUUAACUGAGCUAACUAGCAAGCUUUGGAUCUUGGGAGCAGCAAUACUUUUUAAAUGAUAUUAAAGAAGAGGUUUGCACUUUUAUUUCUAUUUUUUUUUUUCAUGAUGACAGAGAAUAUCAGUCUUUUGGUCUUUUGGUCUUUUUUGUAUUGAUGUUCUGCUAUUAUGCAGCCUGUAGUUUCAAUGAAGAGGGAUUAUAAUCCCACCCUGAGACAAAGUCAAUCAGGCUGUGCAUGUGUAUGGGCGUGUCUGUUCAGGUGCUUUAGUUUUGUUUUUAAUGUCUAUAAAAUAAAAUCUAUGCAGUUAUAUCAGGGUUAAACUAUAUAAAGUUUAUAAAUAUGUAAAUAUAUAAUGAAAAAUUGUGCUUUGAUGUAUGGCAACUAUAUUUUGGAAAAGCUUAUCUCUGGUGCAAUUCUGAGUUUCACCAAAGAAUGAAAAUAUUUUAGUUAUUUUCUAAAAAGAAAAAAAAACAAUAGCAAAAAAAUAAGUGUUAAAGGAGUUGUAACUAUUAUGUGUGCAAAGUUUAUUUUUGCUUAUUUCUUUUGGUGAAAUGUUCCGUUUUAACCUGUAAUAUUAUGUAAAUGAAGAUUUAAACAGCUAUACAGAUCUGAAUAUAGAAUAGAUGGAGUUUUCUAUGUUGAGUUGUUUAUUUAUGGUAAUUGAAAAAUAAUAAUUUAAGGAAUGGACAAUAUAUGAAACCACAGUGGCUGAUAUUUCCUCUGACCUUUAGCUCUUAAACCGUAGAUGUGCCUUUAACCAUAUUCAGAUAAAAAGAUUUGAAAAAUGCUUUAGCUCUCUGACUUGUAGUUUCUCUUGUCUGUUUUCAAGAAACAUCACUUGUUAACAACCAGAUUGAAACAUGCCUUGUCUUUAAAAGCAAAGUGAUUUUCGACAGAACAUUUUGUUAGCAAUCAUGUUGAUGUAAAUGUUCAUUUACCUCAAAUACUGACAGAGCUUUUUCUGAAUAAAUUUUUUG